AUGGCGAAAACAAAUUUAACUGUUGGUGCUUUUUCGAUACCAUUCGCUCAAGGUUUCGUUCAAGAAGAUGAUCAAGCUAUUCCUAAAUUGAAGUCUCUUAAGCGAUUUACAGCUAUGCUCUCUGAUUAUGGCCCUUUCAAUCUGAAAUUCAUUUUACCCGAGGAAGGACAAUUGGGAGUGCUAACAGAAACUGGUUAUCAUGAUGGAGUUUUGGGUCUAAUGCAAGAAGGGAAAGUGGAUGUGUGUUUAUUGCCACUGUCGUUGGAUACCCAAAAGGCUCCUGGUUAUUUCACUUCUGUCAUAUCAGAGGAAAACUUCUAUAUAGUUAGCAUUCGUAAUCUGAAUAAAGACCAUUCAGCUACUAUUUCAAGUCUGACAUCGAUAACCGCGAUCCCUUUAUUAUUGGCUGUUCUGGCCACAUUAAUAUUGGAAUUGAUUGCAGUUAAACGCUUCAAAAUUGAAGCUUUAUUGACAGCCAUCUUUAGAUCCUUUGGCAUCUCAUUUUACCAGCAUUUAUCUCACCGUGCAUUAUGGUUUCGCUUGAUUCAAAUGCUUAUCUUAAUGUUUCCAGUAUUCAUCUUCAACGCUGCAUUCAGUACCAAAACUAUUGUAGGAAAGGCGGAUUUGAAGAUUGAUACAUUGAGAGAUAUUAUCAAUCAGGGCAAAACACCGUUUUUCAUUGAAGGUAUCUCAAUGUAUGACUUUUUUAAAGCCAAAGUCACCAGAGAUUAUGCUGAUAACUAUAGACGGGCUGUUGCUGAAGGGUUCAAAGAACCCUUCCCGUUAGGACCUAUUCCCUCAUUUGAAAGAAACGAAUUAAUGGUUACUUUCGUUUCUGGUGUUGGAAGGAAACUGAGCCCAUUAGCAGCUUCUUCAUCUGAUUUACUCAAACCCAACCAAGAACAAUAUUACUCAGCAAAACCUUUUCAUAGAUCAUUACAAGCUAUGCUUUUUAGCUAUAAUACUUCAGAAUCCACCAGAAAAAGGUUUGAUACUCUAUCUCGUCGGAUGAUCCAAAGUGGGAUUGCUAGAAAAAUAGAAGAAGAUAUCUACGUUGAUUUUAUACUCUCCUUUUAUCCUGCAACCUUAUAUGACUUUCACAAGUCUGAAGCUCCUUGGAAAGGUGAUGAUCUCAAUUGGCAAUCAUUAAAUUACAGGGGAUUCUACCAAAUAUUUCAUUUACUCAUCUCAAUGUUGAUUCUGUCAACAUUUGGUCUACUUAUCGAGUUAAUCAUGGCUUUUCUCGCUCGAUCCAAAUGA